CUCCUCCACGUGGGAACGUGCUUCUGGGGAAUAAUUACAGAGAAUUUAAAUACGGACAUUUGGCAGCCAAAUUGCUUCACAUUCAGGCUCCUGGCCAGGAGGGCAGAGCCCAGAAGCUGCUCAUUGGUGCUGUGAGAAAAUUCCUCAUUCCUGUGCCCAUCGUGGGUGUGCAGAGCCCGUGGGCCGGGAUUAUCCGGACACGGCAGUGUCCCGGUAUCCUGCUCUGGAGGAAGGGGUGCUCACGGUUUACAGGGUUCCAUGAAUUGAACUGCUUCCCAAAUAAUCCUGCCUGCACUUAUCCAGCAUCCUGCACGUGCCUUCUUCUCCGGGUCAUACCCACUAAAGGAUUUUUAUCCCCCCUGCUGCUGGAUUUGGGAAGGUGCUGCUGGCAGGGAGCUGAUCCCUGCGGAUCUCCUGUUCUGCAAGGGAGAUGAUGGAAACAGGCUGUUAGUAACUUUUUCCCCCCUUAAUUUUUGAGGCAUAUUUUAAGUUGUGAAACAUAUUGACUGUGAAAUAGAGAUAAGAACAAGAGGAGACACAAACAGUGUAGGUGUUACUCCCGGUUUUUUGCAACUCCCACUUCGUUGUAAAAAUAGCACAGCAAGCAGCACCCUCCUGCUCCAUGCCAUCCUUCACGGGCCAAGGGAUGAUGGGAUCGUGUGCCUGGACAUCAGUGACUGAACCAGGAGCAGAGCUGGGAUUUAAGGCACGUGCAGAGCUGCUGAACACUUCAUGCUCCUUAAAAUCAACAGAGAAAAAUCCUACCCAAAGAUCAAAUUAAAGAAUUUUAAACGUUGUUGAAAUAUGUAAAAAGUAGCAAUAACAUUCCAAAGUGCUGCAAAAACGCGUUGUGUUGAGCUGGAAUGCUUUCCAUCAGGAAAAGGGGCAGUGGGAAGGGACCGUGGGAUAUCACUGCAUCCCCUCGAGUUUCUGGUCGCAGUGCCCACGACACACCCCAUCUUUACACCACACCUGUGCCAUAAUUCCUAUGUGCCCUCAAUUCUUUUGCAACUCUAAACCCCAGCAAAAUACCCUUAAUUAGGCCCAGGCCAGUUGCAGAAAUCAGAUAAAACUCCCUGACAGGCAGCUGCUUCCAGGAGCCACGUCUCCUGAUGGAUGGGGAUGUUGUGCAACUCGGGGAGAGCAUCACCAGCCGUGGGCUGGCAGUGGGCAGAACAUCUGUGGUGAGACACCAGGGUGUCACCUCACAGGAGAAAGUCGCAGACAGAAGCAGUGGUGGCUCUCUGACCUGGGGGAUGGGUGCCUGAUCCCCCCUGGCAGGACCAGUUGAAAGUCAUUUUGCUGCUGCAUCAGAAAUUUGGGACCCCUUGAGUGCCUGACAUCGACCAGCUCCCAGCAGCCACCGGCAUGGACAGCGAUGACACCGUCACCGCCGAGGUCUGCAGGGAGGACGACGUUGGGGAUGGACAGCUCCUGGAGGUGAUGGUGGCUGGCUACCCAGUGCUGCUGGUGAGGAACAGGAAGGAAUUCCGUGCUCUGGGCAGCAAAUGUCCCCACUACGGUGCCCCGCUGAGCAAAGGGGUUUUGAGAGGGGAGAGGCUGCGCUGCCCCUGGCACGGGGCCUGCUUUAACAUCAGGACUGGAGACAUCGAGGAAUACCCUGCUCUGGACUGUAUCUCCUGCUUUAAGGUAACAGUGGAAGAUGGAAAGGUGUUUAUUACAGCAAAAAAGAAGGACCUUGAAAGCAGCCUGAGGGUGAAGGAUGCAAGCAGGAGGUGCCUCCUCAACAAGAACACGAUGCUGCUGCUGGGGGGAGGUGUGGCUGCCCUGGUGUGUGCAGAGACUCUUCGCCAGGAGGGAUUCACUGGCAGGAUCAUCAUGGCCACCAAAGAGAAGCAUGUUCCCUAUGACAAGUCCAAACUGAGCAAGGAAAUGAACUUGAAAGCCGAGGAUGUUUACCUGAGGAAACCUGAAUUCCUCCAGGCCCAGGGCAUAGAGUUCUGGACAGAGAAAGAGGCAGUGUCAGUGGAUUUCCAGAAGCAGAAGGUUCACUUCAUGGAUGGGUCCUCUCAGAAGUACCACCAGCUGCUCAUUGCAACAGGCAGCCACUCUGGUUUCCUCAAAGUCCCAGGUGCAGACCUGCAGAACGUGUGCACGCUCCAAACCCCAGAAGAGUCCAGCAAGAUCUUGGAGCUGGCAACUGGAAAGAAUCUGGUGAUUGUAGGAGCUUCAUUCAUAGGAAUGGAGGUGGCUGCCUUCCUCUCAGACAAGGCUGGAAACAUCUCAGUGGUGGAAAGAGAGGAGUUCCCUUUCCAGCACACCCUGGGUCCUCAGGUUGGAGGUGUCGCCAUGAAGAUGCUGCAAAAUAAAGGGGUGAAGUUCUGCAUGAAAACAGAACUCUGUGAGCUGAAAGGAAGGGAUGGAAAGGUUGCAGAGGCUGCUCUUGCCAACGGAGAGAAUCUCCCUGCAGAUGUGGUAGUGGUGGGAAUAGGGUCGACCCCCAACUCCACAUUUCUAAAGGGCACCUCCAUUGCCAGAGAUGACAAAGGUGCCAUCCUGGUGGAUCUGCACAUGCAAACCAACAUCCCGAAUGUCUUCGCUGCUGGGGACGUGGUCACCUUCCCAGUAGCGCUGCUCGACGGGGACAGGUCCAGCAUCCACCACCAACAAGUGGCCGAGGCCCACGGUCACUGUGCUGCUUUAAACAUGCUGAAGAGAGGGAAGGAGUUGCGCACUGUUCCUUACUUCUGGACCACGUUGCUUGGGAAAAGCAUCCGCUACGCAGGUAGGAGGGGGCAGAGAGAGGGGAACAGAACUUCUUCCCUGCCCAUCUGCUCACCCACCCAGCUGGGUCUGGGGCUUGUAAACACAGUGUGGUUGCAGAGUUCACCUGAAGCAGCUCAAGCUCUGGACUGGCUGCCAUGGCUGUGGGAAGGGAUACACGGACACUGUUGUGAAGGGCAGCCUGGAGCAACAGAAAUUCCUGAUCUUUUACAUCAGGUGAGUGAAUCCAUGGCCAGUCCAUGCCCCGGGAACAGGGCCCAGUCCUCUCUCUUACAGCCUGCAGAGAUCCCACGGAGGCUCCACAUCCCAUGGCUGUGCACUAAAGGCAGCUGCUGGGUGCUGAACCAGAGAAAACCAAAGCAGGGCAAGGAAGGAGAAGAGAAUGAACCCAAAUGAUGACACCAGCUGGGCAGAGAGCCUGGGACACAUCUCCUCUCCGUCUGCCCCAUUGCUCCCAGGCUCAGUGCCCAGCUCCCAGCAUUGCCAGGCAAUCUGCCAUGAGUCCCUGUGCAUCCUGCAGCACCAGCCACCCUGCCCUGAGCCCUCUGAAAUACAGCUGCUCCCUGGCCACUGUGCCAUGGGGAUGCUGCUAUGCUGAGCUUUGUACUCUGAGAAGAUCCACAUUCUUCCUCUUUCCCUUCCAGGGAUGGCCAUGUGACUGCAGCUGCCAGCCUGAACUGCGACCCCAUGGUGUCUCUGAUUGCAGAAGUUUUGUACUUGGGGAAACAAAUCUCCAA